GUGCAAUGGCUGCUGUUUUGGUGCAGACAUUAAGAGUCGAUAUAAGUAUGGCCUUUGUUUGUAUGUUGAAAACUCCGAAUCGUACAAGUGAGGAAGUUAACGUUACUACAAACAACCAACAUUGUUCUGGAUUUGAUAACCGUUCAAUGAACCAAAACUACGAAGGAGAAUUCGAAUGGAGCGACACGUUACAAGCAAACGUGUUGGCUGGUUACUUCUAUGGAUAUGUAGCAACUAAUUCUUUGGGUGGUUUAUUGGCCGAUAAAUACGGUGCGAAAAGAGUUGUCGGGGGUUCAAUACUUUCAGCAUCCAUUCUGACAAUUCUUCAUCCAAGUUUGUCUCGAAUUAGUGGUUAUUUGACUCUCAUUCUAAGGAUAUUAACAGGCAUGGCGUCAGGAUCGAUAUACCCGGCAGUUCAAUCCUUAUAUGGACGUUGGGCACCACCGCAAGAAAUUGGUUCGUUGGUUGGUCUUACAUUUUCUGGUCUAAAUUUAGGCAAUAUUGUAGGUCUUCCAACAUCAGGUUAUCUUUGUGUUUAUGGAUUUGACAAUGGAUGGGGUUCUAUAUUCUAUAUAUUUGGUGGAAUAUCGUUGGUGUUUAGUUGUGUUUGGUUUUAUGUUGUUUAUGAUACUCCAGAUGUCCAUCCAACUAUCAGCGAAAAAGAACAUUCUUAUCUAAACAGAAUUAUAACAAUUGAAAAAGUGGUGAAAAAGGUACCAUGGAGACGGCUAAUUUCUUCUCCUGCUGUAUGGGCCAUCAGCUUUGGCUGGUUUGCUUAUUGUUGGACUAGUUUGUCUUUCCAGGUGUUGCUACCACUUUAUAUGAAAGAAGCCUUAAACGUUAAUGCAACCUCCAACGGUUUAAUGUCAUCUGCUUCUUCGGUAGCACAAAUCAUUGCACUACCCCUGUGUGGGAACUUAGCUGAUUUUAUACCGACGUCGGGAAGCAUUUCUCCCUUAACUGCCAAAGCUUUAACCCCAAACGGUACACAAGAAGAAUGGCAGAUCGUGUUUGCCUUAUGCGCUGCUAUAUGUGUAGUUGGUACAAUAUUAUAUGCAAUAUUGGCAAGAGGAGAAAUUCAAGAUUGGGCGAUUUCGGAAGACUCCGGGGUAUCUGUUCCCCUUAACGACAUGAACACAAAUAAACCGGCUUAA